CAAGGCUAGAAACUGAACGUGGCAGCCGAAUUCUAAACUGUCGGACGUGUGAGGAGCUACGUCAUCGCUACACUCAAUACCAAAAAACAGGCAUUACCAACAUGUGAACCUCACGAAAUGUGCGUGCGAUAACAUCAAACCAUUCCGCAAACCUCUCUCCUAAACCUAGUCCCCCUCCCAAUCGCCUCCCUCCUCGCGAUACCUAUGCUUUCCUCCUGGUCCACAUCGCUCAACCUGAUCUUCCUCUCACUGGCAUGGACCACAAUGGCCGCCACAUACUCCCCCUUACAGCUCGAGCUCUUUGGCCCCAUCGCGCUUCGACUAACGCUCUACAUCUUGCCCUCGCUCAUCUUUCUGACCUUCGACAUCGGUGUGCCCAGCCUAGCCGUCGAAUUCAAAGCGCAUGGCAAAUGGGGCAUCGCGACGAAUCAACGGGGUGGGAAGAGGAAACUGAGGAGGGUUGUACUGUGGAGUGUAGGGAAUGUGAUGGCGUGUGUGGUCCUGCAGGCGGCGAUUGAGUGGGUGGUUACGGAUGUGCUCAGGAUGAAGAGUUUGUUGUUGAUCAAGGGGAGUAGGUGGGGGUUGAAUCAUUUGCCAAAUCCGUGGACGAUGGUCAAGCAUGCGCUGGCUGGGGUGCUGGCGCACAAUGUGCUACAGUACUAUAUCCACACCCACUUGCUGCACUCACCAAGUGGUGGCAGGCUGGCGGACUGGCAUGCAAACUGGCACCACAGCGUUCAAGUACCGUACUCGUUUGUUGCGAAUUACGACCAUCCGGUAUGCCAUGCUGUGCACAGAUGGCUGCCGCUGUACCUCCCUGCUGUCGCGCUGCGGAUGCACAUUCUGACCUACCUUCUCUUGAUCGCUUUCUUCAGUCUUGAAGAGACAUUUGUGUACUCGGGUUACAACGUCCUGCCAUCGACGAUCAUGAUCCGUGGUAUGGCGCGCCGCACCGAUGCACACAUGCUUAGCGAGGGAGAUGGCAACUACGGUAGCGUUGGCAUUUUGGACUGGUGUCACGGGACCACGCUUGGAAAGGACGUUAUGGAGGACUUGAAAGCGGAGAUGGAGAAGCACGAUGCUGAAGAGAAGACAGGAAGGGUAAUCGAUGGAGCGGGGGAUGCGGUCAGUGGCCUCGCAGCCAGGAUCAAGUCGAAGGCCCGUAAGGGUAGGAGUAGGAAGUGAGGGCAGUAAGGCUAUGAAGAAAAUUGAUCUUCGGUUGCGGUUCGG